CUCCGAGGCCAACUCAGGAUACUGCGCGUGCGCUCACUUGAAGCGGCCUGCGCUGGCUGGAGUGGGAAACAGCGACGCCUGCGGGACAGACGGAGGUACUGCAGCUGGAGCACUGUCAACACACCUGAACUAAACUAGUGCAUUGAGAUUUGAAACUAAAACAUUCUAUUUUUAUCAAUUAUGAAGAGAAAAUUAAGAUUUAAUAAUCCUCUACUCAUGAGGUGAAAUAUCUGAAUUUUUUUGCUUAAUUUUGAUAAUUAUGGCUUAAAUCUGAAAAUCAGAAUAAAAUGCACUAGUACUUAUAUCCAUACGUUUUAUUAAUUCAAACAUUCACAACACUGAAAUUAACAUUUUUUCAGAUUUUUCAAAAAUUAUUUUUGCACAUAAACAGUUACAAUCUCACAGGAUGAAUAAUUUAGUGUCGCGUUUAGAAUGUUUUCAAAAUUAUUAGGCUAUAAACUGCAUUGAAAUUUGACUAAAUAUGAAUGCACAAUUCCAAGGCUUUGAAACAGCAUUUAGGCCUCUACUUUGAAAAAUUAAACUGACUGAAAAUACAAUUCAAUUAAUAACUUGAUAAAAUGUAAAUGCAAUAAUUAUUAUUAUUAUAUAAUGCAGAUCAAGUUUUUUUUUUAAAUAAUUAAAAUAAAAAUAAUGAAUUAUCAACAUUACAUGAAAUACAAUAUUAAUUAUUUGUAUUGUAUCCAGUAAUUAUUUUAUAAUCAAUUUUAAAUGCUAAGAAUGAAUUAUUAUAAUUUAUUUAUAAAAUUCCACUUGAUACUAUGCAUAUGUAUAUUAUGAAAAUAUUUGUUUAAAAUAUACAUGUUAUCUUUUUCUUUCUUGUUCUUGUUAUUAUUUUGUUUCGUUUUCUUUUAUUUUUUAUUUUAUUUAAGUCACACUUUUAUGGAUGGGAGGGUACUUAAAAUGCUAGUUUUCUAAGCGUGGUUGACAUGUUCACUGUUAAAUCAGCUGUGCACACUGAGCAGCUUUAUUAAGUUAUUUUUUUUAAGUUACCAGAAAAUAUUGAAAAUUAUGAAGAUUUUGUUAUCAUUAUGAACGGUUUCCCUUCAAAUCAAUUCAUUUUCAGAGAAAAAAUAUGAAUUAUUUCAUUGAAAAACGGAACAAUUAAUGCCAUUUUAAUUUUCAGUGUUAAUUUGACCAAUUAGUAUAUAUUAAAUGUCUCAUAUUAUUUAUUUAUUUUGGGAGUAUUUCGCGGGUGUGUAUUUUACUCUUUGACCUCUGUGAAAGUGAGAAUUCUGAUUUUUCCGGCUGUUCUUGAAUAUCGCAUCCUGGCAGCGCAGCAGCUGUUUCCUAUUUGACUGAUUGACGGAGAUGUUUCGUCUUUUGUUAGCGGGGCGUCAUGUGGAGCUGAGAGAGAAGCCUUUCUGCUUGUUGAAGAAGAAAAUGACUUUAAUUUUCUAGAAGUCGGGGGAUGUUUAUUCUCUCGUUUCCAUUCAUCUGCUGUGUUUUGUUUUAUUUCUGACCGGUUGAGCGAAAACGUGACAGAAGAUGGAAGAUUCAAACAAGCAGCCACCUUCAUUUUCUAAUGGACAACAGAGAAACCCUCAUCCAAGACCGUUUUUCUACGUCCAACCUCCAUCUCAGCCUUAUUACUUCUACCAGCCCUGGCAGCUCAACAACCCUUACAGUCACUACGGUUUGUCUGCAGGUUUUAAUUUUGCUCGUCCCUGCAUGCACCCCAUCCAGUACAUGCCGUAUCCCGGCGUUGUUUUCCCGCACACUUCCAUAUAUCCGAUGGAUUAUAGGCGGAUGUUCGAGCCCCGCUUCCAGGCUCCGACUUGGGGUGAAAUGCCUCGACAGCAGUACAAUCCGCAGCCUCAGGGGCAUCGAGAAAUGGCCUGCUCGGAGGCCCAAACCGACCCCAGCGACGCCAUAACCAAGCUCAUCGAGUGCCUGGAUAAGAUCCGAGCCAGCGAGAUGCAGGGCGCCAGCAGAGAACUGGACUCCGGCAUUGCAUCACAGUCCUCUGGGAUGUUGUCGCCAGGAGGGAAGAAGAAAAGUCAAGAACAGGGUAAUGCCCUGCCUUCGGUGCCUCAAAACAGCCACACAGAAGGGUUAGUGGAGUCCCCUGCUGCUGCUGUUGAGUCCAGCCGGACAAUCGUAGACUCCUUAAGCCCUCAGGUAUCCUGGUCAGGAGAUCUCGAAGAGGAGCUACCCAUCGAUAGCUCCUCUCUUCAGGAAGAUUGUCCCGAGCUUGAGCAUUCGGAAACAGAUGAUCACCUUCUGUCUGCUGAGGAAGAAGAGGUCCAGUCAGAUACCUCGAGUGUGUCCAAGUGUGACCUCUUGAAGUCCCCGAUGCCACUUAAAAUAGCUGAGAGUAGUGACAAAGUCUCAAAUGCAGAACAUCCGGAAGAGUCUGCCAAUGAAGCCAAACCUGAUCGGAGCUACCAGAUCCUCAAACUACCCUUUGAUUGCAUUUUAACCCCUGGAUCCGCCUGCCUCGCCUCCCCAUCAGCUCCCUACUACUACAACUACAUAUCCAUGCAGGCGACAAAUGAGCGGAUGAGCGUCCUCAGCCCAUCCUUGGAUGAACUGUCCUCCAGAGACGAGAUGUUCUCCACGGACCUGGACGACGUGGAUCUCUUUCCCAAACAUGUGUAUGCACCCAGAAGGCUCUCGGAGGUCAUCGACGGAUCCCUCCAAAGCGCCAAAGACGUGGAGGAAGCCUGGAUGUCCGGUUCAUGUGCCUGCUGUGGGAAAAGCCUUGUAAAAGGGAAGAACAGGAGCAAAAUCCAGAACUCCAAGAUGUACCUGGACGAACGUGGAGACUCGGACGAGGAAGGCGGGUAUGGACGAGGGCGUAAGCAGCCAGUUAGAGUGGUUGUCAGGAAGUCUUGUUCACCCAGGAGGUCUCACCCCGUCCUGCCGAGACAUGCAUCUAAACCGUGGAAUAAAAGAGGUUUAUGCAAGGAGAUGUCCGACCAGGUGGAAGAUGAGGAUGGUUAUCAGCAGGAAGCAGCUCAAGGUGAAACUGGAGAGUCUGAGCUGCAGUGUAGGACAUAUGAAGACAGACUCUGCAGAGAAGAUCCGACCACAUCAGAUCAAGGCCGGUGGGCAGACGAUGACGUGAUUCCCAGGAGGAGACCAGCAGCGUCUGUGCAGCGACAAGCUGCAACUGAAGAAGAAGCACAAGUGAAGGUCAAUGAAGAUGCUGAAAAGGACAAAAGGCGCCACUUUGAGCUUCAAAUGAGAGUUUUUCCCAAGGAGCCAAUGAGCCGCAGGUGAGCUGAUGCCCCUCAGAGGGAGGGAAUCUGCUGCAAACCAAACUCCGUCACUGGACUCUCAUUGGACAAUCGUCACCUGGAACCAGAAAGCAGCCAAUCAGUGCAGCCUUCACCUUUGAUUUUCUAAUCUGAAAC